GCAGCGCGUAGUGAUUUCCGCGCUGGCAUGACGACUGUCGCGCGGGGAGCGAGCGCACGCGUGCGUGCGUGUGUGUGAUGGGAUUACUUACACAACAGCGCGGGAUGACGGGGUUUUGUGUGCAGAUCUUUUUCCUUGCAUAGCCAGAGCUCGUGCACUUCGAAAGAUGGACCGCAAAGUGAGCAUCAGACGGGCCACCUCGGCCGGGUACCGCUUACCGGAGCGCCCCAGCGUCGCCCUGGCCUCUCAGUCCUCGGUGUCCGUGAAGAGACCUCCGCAGAGCGGCCCGAGGAACACGAGCGAGCCGCCGCCGGAGCGGGACCCCGACACCCGGGACCCGGUGAAACAGGACCGGGUUUGGAGAGAGCUGGUGCGCGCGGAGAGAGACGGGGUUAAAGAAUGGGAGAAGAACUGGAGUUUUCUGAAAGACUUUGAUCAGCUGGGUAAUCCCAGGACGGAGGCGCCGCUCCCCAGCUACGUCUCUCUGUACUCCGAGACGCUCCCCAACACCAGCAACCAGACGAUCGGCAGUCGCAUUUGCACCGAGCUUGGUAAAGAGCUGAUGCGAAUGGACAAGCUGCUAAUGCUAACGACGACGCACCAAAAGACCAAAGCGAGUCCCGAAAUGCAGCCCUGCUGACGACAGGCCACCCAUGAGAAGUUAGUAAAACCGUUGUUUGGUGAAGAAGAUUUUCAACUGAUAUUUGUACAACAGCGUAGCUGAGCAAAGCAUUAACAGUGGUGUCAAAGUGGUAGCUAUGCUAGAUUGUUUGGCCAAUCCACACUAGAGAGUGUCUAUACCUACAGUACUAUAUCUACACUUGGCAACCUUAUAGCAUUCUCCAUAAAAUAUUUUCCAGCAUAUAUCUUUACAUUUAUACUUACAGGGUGUUUUUCGGGAUAGUUAGAAUAGUAGAAACAUCAGGCGGAUAAUUUGUCAUUACGAGGUCAGUCAAAGAGCUGUAAUCUGAAAUCGAAAUAAUUUUUAUACCAUUAUAUAGUGUUUUCUUUUUCAAUUCUUUUUUUCAAAUAUUUGCAUAAGUCAUUUAGCAGAAACCGAAUAUAGAGUUGAGCAGAUAACGGUCAACAUAAUUGGCUUAAAGGCUGAACAAUUGCUGUUUGAGAGACUUGGGCUUUAAACUCACAACCUUCUGGUCACAUUAACUGCUGAGUCAGCUGUUUUAAUGUUUGGUUUUUCACAUUAUAGUUUUAAAAAUGCUUUCUAGACUACCAACAACUCCGCCUCUUCCACAGGUUAUGCGAUAGCUCAUUACACAGCUGAGAAAUGAGAGCUGCAUAUAGGUUUAAAUUUUAAGGCCCAUCUUAGCAUGCAGUGCCAUCUAGGUUGUAUAUCUUUGGUACGAAGCGUUUAACAUAAUAUACCUGUGCGACAUUAUUGACUUGCCUUAUUUUUAAAUUGUGGUAGAAAUGUGGGCGUGGCCAUUCUGUAAAGCUUGUGUUUAGCCCUCCAGUACAGCAGGCUCCGCCACCUUUAGUACCUAGUACAUCAAAAAGAUACCAACUCUGGAGCAGGAGCUGAAGUCGUCCUUGGAAGUCAAAUUCCGACGAUGGAAACGCACCUAAAGUUCCUGAAAAUGUUCCUGAAGUGGAAACGCUUAUGUGUUAUGUUAUAGUGAUGAGCAGUAAUGCAUGUAUGUAUCAUACUCAUAUGUCAUUUUAGAAGAUCAUGUACACAUUUGGGUUUUUUUGUUGAUGUCGGUGCUUAUUGCGUUCUUAUAUUGGAUUUACUUCAUGUGUAUAUGACUGUGUACAAUAGAAACUGACACAGCUACAGCUUGUUGAAAAAUCUUAUUUGUACUUUUUUUUUUCUCCCCACUUUAUCAUUGACAUAGUUAACAGGUCGAACCAUGUUGUUUUUGUUCUUGGCUCCCGUGAAUGUUGUUGAGCGUGUGGGAGUUGAUAUCAGCGGCAUGUCGAGGCAUUCAGAGAGAAAGAGAACGUGGGCGACGGAGGUGGGAUCACAUCUAGCGUCUGGCAUGUUCCUGUCUAAUGUCUUCCAGUGAAAUGCUUCUGAUGCCUGCUCUGAUUUUGCUUUGACUCAUCGCUGACUGACUCACGCCUCCGUGGAAAACAGGUGCACAGAGGGAUAAUCAGAAUAUGAUGAAACCCACACUCACGUCUGUUUUUUUAGUCUAUAAUCCAAGACGAUUAUCAAAAAAAAAUAGAGCUGUUUCUGUAAAAUAUGCAUGGAAGUAUACUUUAUAAUUCUCUGCCAAAUCUCAAUAAAAGAUCUUACUCAA